GACUGGCUAAGAUCUAAUUACUUCCAAGUGAGGUCAGGGAAAGGCAUUUAUUGAACAGAACUGCACAACAACAGGCUGAUGAUGCCCAGAAAACCCCUCUCGUGUUAACACUUGAUUUAUGGAAACAAUUAUGAUUCAGCUGGAAUCUUCCUGAGCUGGGAUAUAGUCCACAAUGACACACAAGCUGAUGAUGUGAAGAGGGGAAAACAAUGGAUUGUUUCUGUGCACAGUCUGUCUUCAACGUACACAAAACUUUACUAUCGUCAAAACUCUCUGUACAAGAGGAAAAUUCUAAUAGCAAAGAGGAUCAAGACAUUCCAGAGUACUACAAACUGAACUGUUUAUAGUGAAAAUUGACAGUGCAUCACUUCUCUGAAGAAACUCUGGCUCAGCAUCAUAAACUUUCUCAGGAAAGCUUAAACACAUUCUAACUUGCUAGUGCCACAAAUAAAAGAGAUCCAAGGUCACGGAAUCCAGGCAGAAGCUGGGACCCCAAACUAGCAACAUUCAUCCGAUUUGUCAUUUAAAUUGCAGCAUGUCGCUCAAGAGAACCCGGAGCAGUGCACUAUAAUGCGCAAAUGGAUGCAGAUAUGGAUCCUGCCAACUUUGUUGUACAAACUAUACUUUCAUUGUGUCCUCCUAGCAGGGAAUGUGUCUAUCGCUUGCAAUGACAUGGCUCCAGAACAACUAGCUGCAAGCGUGAACUGUUCCACCAGUCCUGAGCGGCACACCAGAAGUUACGAUUACAUGGAAGGUGGAGAUGUAAGAAUACGAAAACUUUUCUGUCGGACACAGUUUUAUCUGAGGAUUGAUAAAAAGGGCAAAAUCAAAGGCACGGUUAAUCCCAGCUGCAAUUACUGUAUUCUGGAAAUCAGAACUGUGGCCGUUGGAGUCGUUGCCAUCAGAGGUGUAGAAGGUGACUAUUACUUAGCAAUGAACAAAUCUGGGAAAUUAUAUAGCAAGAAAACCUGCAACGAAGACUGCAAUUUUAGAGAGCUUAUAGAGGAAAAUAAUUACAAUACAUAUUCUUCUGCAAAGUGGAUGCAUAAUGGCCAACAAAUGUUUAUAACCUUGAACCAAAAGGGAGUAGCGAUUAGAGGCAAAAGGACAAAGAAAGAAAGUAAAUCAUCUCAUUUCCUUCCAAUGGCAAUAUCAUAACAAAGUAUUAUAAGGGCAUCAAUCCCAGUAAUAAAAGAUGUUCCAUCUCUGCACCUGUAUCACUGAAACCUUAACCACACAAGCUAAAAUACUACUGACAUCUGGAACAAGCUGGGCUUGCGCUUUGCUAUAAAAAUGUACCUAUCAUUUUGCACGAUUGUAUUCUAUUCAACCCAGUGUAAAAGGUGAAGUUUUGUAAAUUUAAUCUCGAACAUUUGUCUGAGAACCAAUUGCAUGAAAGUGUAAUGUGUAAAGAAGACUAAGUAUCUUGUAAAACAAACACUUUUCUUAAAUCAUACAUUUGUGGUAUAAUGGUACUUUUAUUUCAUAAACUGUACUAGAUGCGUUUUCUAAGUAAUCAUUGUUACAUUAAGACACCUUGCCUUCAAUCUGAUACAUUUAUUCCUUGAAGAAGCACUGUAGACAAUUGUCAAAUUAAAUAUCAUAUAAUAUAUGAUUCUAGUGAUGAAUGUGUAGCUUUACAUACAGCAUUUAAUUUUGUAAUUCAGUAUUUCAAAGAGAUAAAAAUGUAGUUACUGUAGCAUUUUUGAUUUUCACAAGAUAGAGUUUGUUUGACUAUCUUGUGAAUGAUCAGUGAUUUUGCCAUGUAAAUGACUGGUGAAAAUAAUGAUUCUACAGUAUCAACAGUGCUGCUCAGCUCAAUAAAAGUUAAUGCUUUUUACAUGGA